GCGCCACGAAUGUUACCUACCGAAGAGGCGAGUGCACUACCACCUGCAACCUACAUUUCUUAUCAGUUGCAACUGGUUAUCUUUCUCUCACCUGAAUGAAAAUUGAAAAUUUUGGUUACCGGCAUCGAUCUCUCUGAAACGUGAAAUGUGAAUUACUUUGCAAGGAAUUUAGAAUAUUUGAAUUGUAUCGUAUUCGUAGCGUUUGAAUUUAUCAAGUUGAGUGGUUAUAAAGUGAUCCGAAGUCAUGCUCAGACCUUUCUCGUUACCGAAGUGCCUGCGAGCCCAACGCGAAAAACGAUCUCUAGUUCUCGAACCUUUGUACGAUUUCACGUUCAAGAAGUUGUUCGAUCCAGCUUCUACAGAAAACAAGCAUGUUCUUAUAAAUUUUCUCAACAGCAUGUUAUCCGGGAUAUCUCUCAUGAACGGUGACAAAAUAGAAAGUGUCGAACUACUAGAUUCAAUUCCUGAUUUGACCAUAAAUGCUGCCAAAGAAGUUAAACAGGACGUCGUGACCAAUGUAUUAUGCAAGUCUACGAAUGGUGACCAGUUCAUCGUGAAUGUGAGCAUGCAGCACGAGCACCACCCAUAUUUUUCGACCCAUUUGCAGUAUCAUCGUGCUCACAUUUAUUCAAAUCAAAUCAGUGAAGAAGAAUUAUAUUCUUCCCCUGAAGGCUUUGGGUUAUUAAAACCAGUCGCCAUGUUGGCAAUCUGCAAUUUCUCAGUAUUCAGCAAAACGAAGCAUUAUAUAUCAAAAAUCGAGUUCAGAGAUGAAGAUCACCCGACAGAACCAACAUUUUUGUCAAAACUGAUAUCGUACGUGGUUGUUGAACUGUCCAAAUUUUCAAUUACCAACUUCGAUGAAAUUAAGACUGACGCUGAUAAAUGGAGUUUCUUUCUCAAGUACGCUGCAGAUGAAGAUCAAAAGUCAGCGAUUCAACAACUCGUAAAUAGUGAUGCGGAUUUUAAAAAAGCGUACGAAGUAUUGCACGCUGAUAACUGGUCUUUGGCUGAAUUGGCUGAGUCUGCCAAGGUUGCCACUGAUGAUCUCAUUGAAACUAUUCGUCGCGAAGAAAAUCAAAACAUUGCCGAGAACAUGUUACGAAAUGGCGUGGAUCCUUCUGUUAUAUCGAAAGUGACUAGUUUGGAAAUGAACGAAGUUGAAGAGUUGAGAAAACAAGUUGAAGCUGAAAAAUGAUGAUCCUGUAUAGUUUAUAUUAUUUUUAUCUUUGUGUUCGUGCUCAGUUUUUUUUACCAAAUUAUUUAUAGUGAACGGAUUUUCUCCUUUUUUGUUCCUAUGUAAAGAUGAAGUAUGAAAUUAAUUUUUGUUACUCGUAUCUAGUGAGAAUAAAUCGUGAUGUUUAGCAGUA